CCAUGGCGGCCAUGGCGGCGGGGCGCGGGGCGGGCGGCGGGGCCGCGAGCGGGGCAGUGCCCGCCGCCACCCGGCUGCGGGCCUACGCCUGGUGCCGAGAGUUCCUGGCCGGCUCCUGGAAGCUCAUCGGCCCCGACGAGUUCGUCAUCGGGCCCGUCAGCGGGGGGCUCAGCAACCUGCUCUUCAAGUGCGCGCUGCCCGAGCACAUCCUCAGCGUGGGCGACGAGCCCCGGCAGGUGCUGCUGCGCGUCUACGGGGCCAUCCUGCAGGGCGUGGACUCGCUGGUGCUGGAGAGCGUGAUGUUCGCCAUCCUGGCGGAGCGCGCGCUGGGGCCGCGGCUCUACGGCGUCUUCCCCCAGGGGCGGCUGGAGCAGUACAUCCCGAGCCGUCGGCUGCGGACCGAGGACCUGCGGGACCCCGACAUCUCCAAGGAGAUCGCGGUGAAGAUGUCGCGCUUCCACGGCAUGGUGAUGCCCUUCAACAAGGAGCCCAAGUGGCUCUUCGGGACCAUGGAGUGGUACCUGAAGCAGAUUUCGGAGCUCACCUUCUCCGAGGAGGGGCAGCUGAAGAAGUUCAACCACCUGAAGGCCUACAACCUGCAGGAGGAGAUGAGGAGCCUCAGGGAGCUGCUGGAGGCCACCCCCUCGCCGGUCGUCUUCUGCCACAACGACGUGCAGGAGGGGAACAUCCUGCUGCUGGCCGGGCACGAGGCCUCCCCCUCGGACAAGCUGAUGCUCAUCGACUUCGAGUACAGCAGCUACAACUACCGGGGCUUUGACAUCGGCAACCACUUCUGCGAGUGGGUGUACAACUACACGCACGAGUCCUGGCCCUACUACAAGGCCUCUCUGGAGAACUACCCCAGUCGGCAGCAGCAGCUGCAUUUCAUCCGGCACUACCUCUCGGAGGACUCGGGGCGGCGCGGGGACACAACGCACGAGGAGCAGGCUCGCAUCGAGGAAGAGAUGCUGACGGAGAUCAACCGGUUCGCUUUGGCCUCUCACUUCUUCUGGGGCCUCUGGUCCAUCCUGCAGGCGAAGAUCUCCACCAUCGAGUUUGGGUACCUGGACUAUGCCCAGAGCCGCUUCGAGGCCUAUUUCCAGCACAAGGCGCAGUGCUGCUGAGACUGACCGGAUCCCUGGCCCUGCCUGCGCCCCCCCGCAGCCCCCCAGCCAUGCCGUGGGGCCAGAGACGCAGCGCCCCCUCCCACGGGGGCUGCAACAGGCGGCCGUGGGGCUGGUCCCUGCCGUGGCUGCCCCGUGGGGGACAGGGACGGGGCAGGCUCCGGGCUGCAUCGUGGCAUGGGGCGAGCUGUGGGACCGCCGGGGUGCGUGGGGAAAGGGGACGCCCCCCCCCCUCAAAGAGGGGACACAGCCGUGGGGCUCCGCCUUUGCCAUCACUGCUGUAGGCAAAGGAGGCCGCAGCCCCUGCUGACCCCCCCCAGUGCCUCUGCAGCCCCCCCAUGCCCCUGCAGCCCUGGCCUCCCCCUGCAGGCACAAGGCGGGGUUGGAGCCGUGGGCACCGCACUGGUGGGACCCCCUCGGUCCCCCCCGGACCAGGAGGGGUCGCGGGUGGCUGCGUGUGGUCCUGCCCGCUGCAAGGGCUGCGCGUGGAGGUGCUGGGGGCGGGGGGGGGGCUCUGCACGUGCAUCUCAUCCCCCCCCAGCUCUCUCCCACCAUCUGGGGCCAGGUAGGACCCCCAUGCCGCACUGUGCCCUCCUCUUGCCCCCCUGCCUGGCUCCCCGCUGCCUUGGCUGCGCAGCCGCUGCUCGGCGGGGCCGGGGGCUGGGGGCUGGCGGCCCCCCGACAGCAGAAUGUACAGUCCUGGACCAAUAAACGCUGCGGUGGUGCACGGGG